UUUCCAGCGUCAAUAAUCAUGAUCAUCCUCCCAGCGUCGCGGUUAUAAUUCCGGUUCUCUUUUCCUUCCCGCGUCGAUCUCUGGAUGCUGUGAAUCAACAAACCGAGAUCUGAUCACACAACUAAUCUUGGUCACUUUGCAUAGUUCAGCAGCAUCACCAGAACUGCAACCAUGUCCUUCCCGAAUCUUUACUACAAAAGAGCCACAGCGACCGCGAAAGCAUGCUACAUUUGCUAUAAGCCAACGACUGUCGUGCUGGCCACGAUAGAUACCUCCGAUUUCUUGUAUACAUGCACGAUUCAUCUCGCAGAUCACGGAUUCGCUACUCGCGUGCUCGAGCCCGAAAGCGAGAACAAGAUCGGAGUCAGUCUUGAGGAAAUUGCCAAGGUCCGGGAGGAAUGGGAGAAGAAGCAGAAACAGAAGAAGGAGAAAGAGAAAGAGAAAGAGAAAGAGAAGGCGGAUAAGGACAAAACAGCUGACGAAGAUGAAAAGAAAGAUGACGGCAAGUCGGACAAGUCACCAAAGGUGCCGGGAUCAUUGCCCACGUCAGGUUCUUCAACACCAAAGCCCACCCACGAGAAGUAUGUAUUACAUCGUGACAUAUUUGCCCUGAGAGUCUCGGAGCACCGAAGACGGAGGCAAACCUCACAGGCCAAGGAUCUAGCACCUCGUCUUCCAGGAGCCCCAAGUAGCAGUCUGUCAUGACAUGGAUUGUCUAAUAUACUGUACGAUUGUAUACUUAUAGAAUUUCGUUCCGUGUAUAGUUUGUGUUGGGGUAUGUGUGCUCAAUUCACGAAAGGGUUGCAUUGGCAAACAAUAGCUCUCACCCCGAAACUUCCAAAACUUCCGAUUGCAACACCCACGAUAAGACAGAA